AAAAGAGAAUAAUGCAGCACACCCCUCCCACCAAACACAGCAAAUUGUAGAGGCACCAUUAGGAGUUUAAGGUGUAUUCUAGCCCAAUCCUAUUUUACAGGUGAGCAAUCAAGUUUAAAUUACAAUAAUUCGUAAUUUUCUUUUGGCCUAAUUGAAAUGCAUCGUAUAAAAGAUAGGAGGAACAGUGCGAAAAGGGGCUUCGCCUUCCUCUCUGAAGGGCUGGGCAGUUACUAACGGUUUCUGAAACGCUUAACACAAUCCUGCAAACUGGCGGGCUGCAGCAGUAAAAGCAGACCUCGCUGAAGCGGCGUGCGGCCAGCGGAGGUUACAGGAAGGGCUCGGCGGGACGGGGUCCUCUCCCAGGGAAACCGCGGGAACCCGGGCCAGAUCACGCAGGAGACCCGAGGCGCCAUCCCUCGUGCCCAGGGGACAGCAGGGUAUUUACUCCGUCUCUGAGAAGCCGAGGCUAGAAACCUACUAGUUGAGCAAUUUGGGUACCCGCCCUGUCCAGGCUGUUGAACGCUUUGAGAACAUGCCUCAAACAAGGAGAAAUUUUCAGGAGGAAAAAAAAAAAUCUUGCGAGAAUCUGGCUAAAAUUCAGCAGUCUGCAGGGAACGAUUCAGGGAACCAUCCCUGCAGUUUCCUCCGUGAAAGGAGGCUGGGGCGUGUCUGGAGCUCGUGCGGGCGCACGGCGCUCCCGGGCCGGGCCGUGGGCUGAGCAGCGGACGGCGGCGGGAGGACCCGGCGCUGGGGGCGCUGAGCGGCGGCCGCGCUUCCGGAGCUCGGCGGGCGGCGCCAGCGGAGCGGGCGGCUUCCGGCCGCGGCGUAAACACGGGCCGUGAGCUGCUGGAGGCGGGGCGCGCGGGCUGUGAGAGGCAGCGGGCCCGAGGCGGUCUCCGUGCCCGGCGUGCUCCGGGUCCUGGGCCCCCGCCGCCCUCACUGCUCCGCUGCCCGCAGGCGCGUCCCGGCGGCGGAGAGCCGUCCUCGGCCGAGGAGGGCCGAGCAACGUGAACGCAGGCGGCAGGGAGGCCUCAACGCCGUCCGUCUCGCCGCUGCCGCCUUCUCCUUGCCUGGCGCCGCUGUGCAUUUCUUCUUUCUUCUUUGUCUCUUUCUCCCCUCGCGGGUGUGGGCAUUCCUCGUGAGCUGAAGUGUAGCCUCAAAGAUGGCUGAUGGCAACGAGGAUCUGCGGGCGGACGACUUGCCGGGGCCGGCCUUCGAGAGCUACGAGUCCAUGGAGCUCGCCUGCCCCGCGGAGCGCAGCGGCCACGUAGCCGUCAGCGACGGGCGCCACAUGUUCGUCUGGGGCGGCUACAAGAGUAAUCAAGUCAGAGGAUUAUAUGACUUUUAUCUGCCUAGAGAAGAACUAUGGAUCUACAACAUGGAGACUGGAAGAUGGAAAAAAAUUAACACUGAAGGUGAUGUUCCUCCUUCUAUGUCAGGAAGCUGUGCUGUGUGUGUAGAUAGAGUGCUGUACUUGUUUGGGGGACACCACUCAAGAGGCAAUACAAAUAAGUUCUACAUGCUGGAUUCAAGGUCUACAGACAGAGUGUUACAGUGGGAAAGAAUUGAUUGCCAGGGAAUUCCUCCAUCAUCAAAGGACAAACUUGGUGUCUGGGUAUAUAAAAACAAGUUAAUAUUUUUUGGAGGAUAUGGAUAUUUACCUGAAGAUAAAGUAUUGGGAACUUUUGAAUUUGAUGAAACAUCUUUUUGGAAUUCAAGUCAUCCAAGAGGAUGGAAUGACCAUGUACAUAUUUUAGACACUGAAAUAUUCAUCUGGAGCCAGCCUAUAACUACUGGUAAAGCACCUUCACCUCGCGCUGCCCAUGCCUGUGCAACUGUUGGAAACAAAGGCUUUGUGUUUGGAGGCAGAUAUCGAGAUGCUAGAAUGAAUGAUCUUCACUAUCUUAAUCUGGAUACAUGGGAGUGGAAUGAAUUAAUUCCACAAGGCAUAUGCCCAGUUGGCCGAUCUUGGCACUCACUAACACCAGUUUCUUCAGAUCAUCUUUUUCUCUUUGGAGGAUUUACCACUGAUAAACAGCCUCUAAGUGAUGCCUGGACUUACUGCAUCAGUAAAAAUGAAUGGAUACAGUUUAACCAUCCCUAUUCUGAAAAACCAAGGUUAUGGCAUACAGCUUGUGCCAGUGAUGAAGGAGAAGUAAUUGUUUUUGGUGGGUGUGCCAACAAUCUGCUUGUCCAUCACAGAGCUGCACACAGUAAUGAAAUACUUAUAUUUUCAGUUCAACCAAAAUCUCUUGUACGGCUAAGCUUAGAAGCAGUCAUUUGCUUUAAAGAAAUGUUAGCCAACUCAUGGAACUGCCUUCCAAAACACUUACUUCACAGUGUUAAUCAGAGGUUUGGUAGUAACAACACUUCUGGAUCUUAAGGCUUCAUAGAUAAUGCCUCUGAUAACCUUGCAUGGACAGCAGACCUGUAAACGUCAGAGUGGCAUCAUUUGUAUAAUUAUAUGCAUUGUUGUAGUUUGCAGCGUUUUGGUUUUAAUGUGCAUGUGAAUGGCCUAGAGAACCUAUUUUUGUGUCUAAAGUUUACAAUAAAUGUAUUUAACACCA